AUGGCGCUUAUUCACGCACCGUUUGGCUUGGCCGCCUCAGUGAUGCUGGCCACGUCCAUCUUGUUCCUCUUUUUCAUCAUUCUGGCCGGCGUCACCGGCACAACGCCAUUGAACAAGACCUACUUCCUACAGGCCGACACGACGGGCAUUCAAGGCGCCCACGACAUCUCGCAAUGGACUUACCUGUACUCGUGCGGGCCCAACAAUGAGCAGUGCGGUAGUGCCCAUCCGGCCAUCCCUUUUGGCAACGUCUGGGCUCCCAAUGCUGCGAAUGCUCCGCCUGAGCUGAUAGGCAAGUACGGCGGCGGAACGACCUCGCAUUACUAUUUCUAUAUGUGGCGCUUCAGCUGGGUCUUCUUCCUGAUUGCGCUCUUCCUGGAGAUCAUCGCCUUCUUCUCCAGUUUCCUCGCCUGCUGCGGCCGCCUCGGCUCGAGCAUCGGUAGCUUUGUCACCUUCCUGGCCUUUGCUUUCCUGGCCAUUGCCGUGUCCCUCAUGACUGCCACGUUUGUUAAAGCUCGCAACGUCUUCCACAACCACAACCGCGACGCACAGCUCGGUGGCUACGGUUUCGGUUUCAGCUGGGGCGCCCUUGCCGCGCUGCUCAUUGCCAUGAUCCUGCUUUGUGCCGGCGCGACGCGCAAGGGCAAAUCGAAGAACACAGUCGACGACGGCACCAACGGCAACGCGGCUCAGGGUGGCCGCCGCUGGGGCCGCCGCGGCCGGCGUGACCGUGCUGGCAGCUUUUCCAAGGUCAACUACGAGGACGGCCGCCUGGACAACGUCAACGCAUAA